GAACCCGGAACCCGCUUCUGUUUGCAACCCGGGGCCACCAUUUAAGCUCCGUGACCUUCAUUUCCUUGCGUGGAGGAGCAGCCAGGGCCGGCGGGGAGAAUGGACACAGAGUCCCUCUACAACCUGCUGCAGAUCCCCAAGCCGGCAGAGGAGGAGCUCCCACAAGAGAAGCUGGCGGGGACCAAGCUGGAAGUGGAGGAGAUCGCCCUGACCGCUGUGAGCCAGAGGCGCAAGCUCCAGGCCGUCCUGGAGGCCACCAACGGCAGCCUGCAGGCGGAGGAGCAGGCGGUCAAGUGGAGCGUGGACGCCAUCUUCAACAAGGACCUGCUGGCCACCCUGCAUCUCCUCCUGGCUCUGGCCAAGCGCUUCCAGCCCAACCUGCCCCUCCCAGCCAACGUCCAGGUGGAGGUGAUCACCAUGGAGAGCACCAAGAGUGGCCUGAAGUCGGAGAAGUCGGUGGAGCAACUCACUGAAAGCAGCACGGACAAAGGCCAAGGUCCCAAGGACGUCUUUGAUGAGUUAUUUAUGCUGGCUCCCGAGAAAGUGAACGUCGUGAAGGAGGCCAUCAUGACCUUUGUCAACCAGAAGGUAGAACGCCUGGGCCUGUCCGUGCAGGAUCUGGAAACCCAGUUUGCAGACGGGGUCACCUUACUCCUGCUGAUUGGACAACUGGAAGGCUUCUUCCUGCACCUGAAGGAAUUCUACCUCACUCCCAGCUCCCCUGCGGAAAUGCUACACAACGUCACCCUGGCCCUGGAGCUGCUGAAGGACGGAGGCCUGCUCAGCUACCCCGUCAGCCCUGAAGACAUCGUGAACAAGGACAGCAAGAGCACCCUACGUGUCCUCUACAGCCUGUUCUGCAGGCACAAACUCAAAGAAGAGGCGGACAGGGUGCCCCGCGGGCCCCCCAGCUAA